AUGAGCAACAACACAUCGGAAGAAAAUAUUGAUUUUGUACAUACUCCCUCACCCUCCCUUCUUUGUCCAGUUUGUCAUGAUACUUGUAAAGAGCCUUUAAUUACGAGAGCCUGUAGUCACUCAUUUUGUGCUGCAUGUAUAUAUCAAAGUUUAGAAGUGGAACCUUAUUGUCCACUCUGUCGCUGCCGCUUAAAGGUUGAUGAUCUUCACCCUAAUCUUGCGGUUGCUGGAUUGAUUCAAGAACUUUUAGUUUAUUGUCCAAACAAACAAUACGGUUGUCCAACGACAAUUUGUCUAGAUUCAUAUGAGCAUCAUUUCAUGCAUUGUAAAUAUAGACCAGCCGAGUGUCAGAACGCUCAAUGGGGGUGUGAUUUUAAAGGUACAAUUCAAAAUAUCAAAAAUCAUCUAGAGAACUGUAUAUUUGAAAAAUUCAAGAAUUAUAUUAUAAGUAAUAAUGAUAGGAUUGGAAAAUUGGAAAAUAUUAUAAUGGAACAACAACGAGAAUUAAAAAAACUACAAAAUAUUAUAUCAAAAAUGACGACGUCAUCAUCAAAAGGCUUGAAUUAUUUAAAUGGAAAUGGAAUUGAUUAUAAUUCGGUGGAAGAAGAUGAUGACUCGAGAAAAGACGACUUCCCGCUUGGUGAUGUCGUUUGUCAAAAAACUAUAUCAGAACACACUUGUGGAGUGACAUCGCUGGCUUAUAAUAAUGAAUUGAUAUAUUCAGGGGCUCAUGAUGGAUCGACCAAGAUUUUUAAAGCAGAUACUGGUCAAUUACUAAAAAAUUUACAUGGCCAUCGAAUGUCAGUCUGGGCUUUAGCAGCUUAUCCAGUGAACGAAAGAUUUUUUAGUGCAGGUUCAGAUGGUACAAUAAAGGUGUGGGAUUGGAAGGAUGAUAGAUCAAAUAAUUGUGUUGAUGUUUUAACCCAACAUAGCGGUAAAAUCUAUGGCUUAGUUAUUAACAAUAAUCGACUUUAUUCUGCCUCAUCAGAUAAAACUGUAAAAGUAUGGGAUCCUACAACAUUGGAAAACCUUGCAACUUUUACUGGUCAUCAAGAUGGUGUAAAUAAUUUGAUAGCUAUGGACAAUAAUAAAUUGGCUACUGCUGGAAGUGAUCAUACAGUAAAGAUUUGGGACGUAAAUACAGGAACAUGUAUAAAAACCAUUUCUUCACAUUCAUCGGAAGUUUUAGAUGUUGCGUCUGGUGAUAAUCUUUUAUUUGCAUCAACGUAUGAGGCCGUUAUUCAUGUAUAUAAUUUAAAAGAUUAUUCACCUGUCAAAACAUUAUCUGGUCAUAAUUGGGAGGUUUGGCAAUUGGUAUAUACAGAUGGUGCAUUAUUUAGUGCAAGUUUUGAUCAUACAAUAAAAAGAUGGGAUGUAAGGAAUGGUUUAGUAUGUAAUGCUACGUUAAAAGGACAUAAAGGUACAAUUUAA